CAGGCCGGUCAGGGCGGGAGCGGGGGCGGGUCCCGGCGCCUCCUGGGGCCCUUAGUAGCCACUGCACCUCAGUUCACCCUGGACUCCCGCGCUGCCAGCAUGACCGAUACGCUGCUCCCCGCGGCCCCCCAGCCGCUGGAGAAAGAGGGUGACGACUACUUUCGAAAGGGUUGUAAUCCCCUUGCACAAACUGGCCGGAGCAAGCUGCAGAAUCAAAGGGCUGCCUUGAACCAGCAGAUCCUGAAGGCUGUGCGGAUGCGGACAGGAGCCGAGAACCUUCUGAAGGUCGCCACAAACCAGAAGGUGCGGGAACAGGUUCGCCUGGAGCUGAGCUUUGUCAACUCAGACCUGCAGAUGCUGAAGGAGGAGCUGGAAGGGCUCAACAUCUCCGUGGGAGUGUACCAGGGCACCGAGGAAGCGUUCACCAUUCCUCUGAUUCCUCUCGGCCUGAAGGAGACCAAAGAAGUUGACUUUUCCAUCGUCUUCAAGGAUUUUAUUUUGGAACACUACAGUGAAGAUAGCUAUUUGUAUGAGGAUGACAUUGCAGACCUUAUGGACCUGCGACAGGCCUGUCGAACACCCAGCAGGGAUGAGGCGGGGGUCGAACUGCUCAUGUCAUACUUCAUUCAGCUGGGCUUUGUGGAGAGCAGGUUCUUCCCGCCCACGCGUCACAUGGGGCUCCUGUUUACCUGGUAUGACUCCUUCACUGGGGUUCCGGUCAGCCAGCAGACUUUGCUGUUGGAGAAGGCCAGCGUUCUCUUCAACAUUGGGGCACUCUACACCCAGAUUGGGACCCGCUGUAACCGGCAGACGCAGGCUGGCUUAGAGAGCGCUGUGGAUGCCUUUCAGAGAGCUGCAGGGGUUUUAAACUACCUGAAAGAGACCUUCACUCACACUCCAAGUUACGACAUGAGCCCCGCCAUGCUCAGUGUGCUGGUCAAAAUGAUGCUCGCCCAAGCCCAAGAAAGUGUGUUUGAGAAAGUCUGCCUCCCGGGGAUCCAGAAUGAGUUCUUCGUGCUGGUAAAGGUGGCUCAGGAGGCUGCCAAGGUGGCAGAGGCCUACCGGCAGCUGCAUGCGGCCAUGAGCCAGGAACCAGUGAAAGAGAACAUCCCGUAUUCGUGGGCCAGUGUGGCCUAUGUGAAGGCCUACCACUAUGGGGCCCUGGCUCACUACUUUGCAGCCACCCUCCUCAUCGACCACCAGCUAAAGCCAGGUGCAGACGAGGACCACCAAGAGAAGUGUCUGUCCCAGCUCUAUGACCGCAUGCCAGAAGGGAUGACGCCGCUGGCCACGCUGAAGAAUGCUGGGCAGCGUGUGCUGCUGGGUAAAGGACAUCUGCACCGGGCCAUUGGUUUCCACGAGGAGUCACUGAGGGAGGCCAACCUGUGCAAGAAGCUGCGUGACAUUCAGGUGCUCCGGGAUGUGCUGUCUGCUGCCCAUCAGCGCACUCAGCUCAAGCACACCCAGCACCGAGAGGAUGACGACCUUCUGAACCUGAUUGACGCUCCAGAUGUCCUUCCAAAAACUGAGCGAGAGGUCAAAAUAACCUUCCCCGACUUCUCCAAAGUGACAGUGACAGACUUCUUCCAGAAGCUGGGUCCCCUGUCUGUGUUUUCGGCCAGCAAGAGAUGGUCACCUCCUCGGGGCAUUUACUUCACAGUGGAGGAAGGGGACUUGGGGUUCACCUUACGAGGGAACACCCCAGUCCAGGUACACUUCCUGGAUCCUCACUGCUCUGCUUCGCUUGCAGGGGCCAAGGAAGGAGAUUAUAUUGUUUCCAUUCAAGGCGUGGAUUGCAAGUGGCUGACAGUGAGUGAGGUUAUGAAGUUGCUGAAGAGCUUUGGGGGAGAAGAGGUUGAGAUGAAGGUCGUGAGCCUCCUGGACUCCACAUCAUCCAUGCAUAAUAAGUGUGCCACUUACUCUGUGGGGAUGCAGAAGACUUACUCCAUGAUAUGCCUGUCCAUGGACGAUGAUGACAAAGCUGACAAAACCAAGAAGAUCUCAAAAAAGCUCUCCUUCUUGAGUUGGGGCACCAGUAAAAACAGACAGAAGUCGGCCAGCACGCUGUGCCUCCCCGAGGUUGGCCUGGCAAGGUCGCAAAACAAGAAGAAACUCCCGACUCCCUUCAGCCUGCUCAACUCUGACAGCUCUCUGUACUGAAGGGAGGAGCCAGAACAGGUCACGCCGAGGUCGCCACAGCUGUCUAACCGCCCGUGCCGUGAUGGACUGUUUUCCAACCCCAUUUUCUCAGACUGUAAACUUUGAUGUGCUUAUUGUGAACAUGAAAAAGAGACCUCUAGAAAUUGGUGAGAAACCCAGCCGUAUGGGGAUUUUCACAUUGCUGCAGUUAUUUAUUCUAUAAAGUAGGGCAUAGAAGAGCCUGAAUAUUUUAGCUGUUUUUUUUGUUUUCCAAGACAAUUUUCUGUGUAGCCCUGCCUGCCUUUGAAGUUGCCCUGUGGACCAGGCUGGCCUCGAACUUUGAGAUCCACCUGCCUCUGCCUCCCAAGUGCUGGGAUUAAGGUGUGUGCCACCACCACUCAGCAGCUGCUAUUGCUGUUUUUCAUGGCUGUGAUUAUGAUAUUCAGGCACCGUGAGGGAUGAAUUGGGACCACCUACUUUGGUACUAUAUCUGUGUGUUUAGAUUUGUAUAAUAGUGAUUUCUUCAGUUCAAGUGACUCUUGAGUGGAGGCAUGUUAGAGGUGUUAACUAAAACCAGGCUGCUUGGAAGAUUUCUGGGAGUUUGAGGCCAGCCUGGUCGACAUAGUGAGUUCCAGGACAGCUGGGGCUACACAGAGAAACCCUGUCUCAAACGAACAAAACCGAAACAGGCUGCUUUAAGUACUUGGGAAUUCACGAGAUGAAAUGGUACAUCUUCUGUCAUUCCUGCAUAAUUUUGACUGUUCUUUCCCAGAUCAAGUCUAGUGCCAAUUUUGUCUUUCCUUGCUCCAGAAUCAGCCCCCCCAGCUAUAUCAUACUGACCAGUAGCUAACGCAAUGGCAGUGUUAGGGGAUGCCGUCUACAGGGUAGAUAAUAUGCUGUUUGAUACUCAAAGCGUCGCUCUUUUUGUUUAAAGUAGGAGGUAUGUAACGAUGUACUUUUAAGAGUCUUGGUUUAAGUAGUAGUUUCGCAGUUUACAAGGUAAAGACGCAAACUUACUCAAGUUGAAACCGCUACUUGACUUUGUAAGAUGUAUCUACCAACUUGACUUUGGGGCUAUAGGUUGGAUGACACUGUGACAGAGUCACGGUUGACACAGUUUAAGUGAUAAGUUUAAGGAUAUAGCCUGUGGAUCUUAGUUAGUAAAGUAACAAGGUUUUAAAUAUUUUUCUAUUGUGCAAUAUCUGGAAGAACGCAAAUGCCUUAAGGAAAGUGUGCCCGCAAUCCCUGGGGCUCUGUUUGUAUAAAUAUUUAAAUAAAGUCAUGUUCAUUGUUUGAGUUAA